GAAAAUAAUUUAGCAGAAACUAAGUUAUUUCAAUUAACAAGAAGAGAUUUGCAACUUAGAGAAACACUGACUCCUGCGUAUAGAGAUGCAAAAGAAGAUGAAGCUGAAAGAAAUAAAAAAUUAAAGAAAAUGUUGAGAUUUAAAAAUAAAAUCGGCAAGACUUUCGAAGAAAUGAAAUUGUAUCAGGAAUCUUUAGAAGAAGAUUUGGAAAAACAAAGGAUAGUGGUCGAGAAUAAACGUAACGAAUUACAGAAUUUAGAGAAUUUAUAUAUUAAAAGAAAGAAUAAACUCUUUAAACUCUUAGAGAAGAAGCAAAAUAGAGAAAACAAGAACAAAAGUAUAAUGAUAAACGUGGACGAGAAGAAAGAAGAAAUUCUUUAUCAAAAUAAAAAAUUAAUUACACGCGAAGAAUUGCUUAAAACUAUUAAAUUUAAUUUAAGUUCAUUAAAGGAAAACUUAUCGAAAGAAAAUAAAAAUAUUGAAGAUUUACGUGUAGAAUGCCAGUCUAUAGAAGAUACUAUUGAAAGAAACAAAGAAGAAAAGAUUUUGGCAGAAAAUAACGUGGACGCAUUACAAACAAAUAUUAUCAUAAAAAGUGCUGAAAUUAAGGAUCAAGAAGAUGAAAUGAAAAUUCUAAAAGAACAAAUUAAUAAUCAAAAUAAAGAAGUGUACGUAAUUGAGAAGAAUAUAUCUUACUUGGAACAUAAGAAAGAAGUGAAAGAUAAAUGGAACGAAAUGAAACAAUCUGUUAUGUCGAAAAAAUCCAAAGAAAUUGCAUCAUUGAAAAAAGUAUGCUUUGAGUUUCNAAUGUGA